GUGCGCAACGGCCACAUCAAGCGAAUCACUGACAAUGACAUUCAGUCGCUGGUGCUGGAGAUCGAAGGAACUAAUGUCAGUACCACGUACAUCACGUGCCCUGCUGACCCAAAGAAGACCCUGGGCAUCAAACUGCCUUUCCUAGUGAUGAUCAUAAAGAACCUGAAGAAAUACUUCACUUUUGAAGUGCAGGUGCUAGAUGAUAAGAAUGUACGGCGGCGUUUCCGGGCAAGUAACUACCAGAGCACAACUCGGGUGAAGCCCUUCAUCUGCACGAUGCCCAUGCGGCUGGACGAUGGCUGGAACCAAAUCCAGUUCAACCUGUCGGACUUCACGCGCCGGGCUUACGGGACAAACUACAUCGAGACGCUGAGAGUGCAGAUCCACGCCAACUGUCGCAUCCGCCGGGUGUACUUCUCUGACCGGCUCUACUCAGAAGAUGAGCUCCCAGCUGAGUUCAAGCUGUAUUUGCCUGUCCAGAACAAGGCCAAG